AUGCCGCACAUCACAGGAGCCGAUCAGACCAAGCUCCGUAUCUAUAUAGAUCGAGGUGGUACUUUUUGCGACUGCAUAGGAAUAGUUCCAGGAAAAGAGGACAUAGUUGUCAAACUCCUUUCCGUUGAUCCUACUAACUACGACGAUGCACCCACAGAGGGAAUUCGUCGGAUUCUAGAGAUUGCUACAGGUGAACCUAUCCCUCGUGGAUGCAAACUCGAUACUUCCAAUAUAGCUUCUAUUCGCAUGGGAACGACCGUAGCAACAAAUGCUUUGCUAGAGCGAAAGGGAGAAAGGAGCGCUUUGCUAAUCACAAAAGGAUUCGGGGAAUUGCUCAAAAUCGGACAUCAGACGCGCCCUAAGCUCUUUGAUCUCGAUAUCAAAAAACCUGAUGUCCUAUACGCCAAGUGUAUUGAGAUUGACGAACGAGUCACUAUCGACGUCCCUCUUGCAGAAGAUAAAGAUGCGGGGACAACUGUGCAUGGACUCAGUGGAGAUGUUGUGAGAAUACUUAAACCUCUCAACGAGGGAGAAGUAACACGCUCUCUUCUCCAAUUAUAUAAUGAAGACUUUCGAUCAAUCUCUGUGUGCCUUGCGCAUUCUUAUACUUAUCCCCAGCAUGAGCUACGCAUUGCAGAAAUCGCUAAAGAGAUUGGCUUUACGCACAUCUCUCUCUCAUCCCAAGUCGCGCCCAUGAUCCGGCUCGUCCCGAGGGGCAUGUCAGCGACAGCCGAUGCAUACCUUACACCAACAGUAAAGCGAUACAUUGAUGGCUUCACCAAGGGUUUCGAAGGGGGUUUUCAACAACCCGGGAAGACCAAGUGUCAAUUUAUGCAAUCUGACGGUGGCCUUGCAGACUUCAGGAGGUUCUCAGGCCUACGUGCUAUCCUUUCAGGACCAGCAGGUGGAGUUGUUGGGUAUGCAAAAACAAGCUAUGACCCGGAAGAUGGGACACCUGUCAUUGGAAUUGAUAUGGGCGGUACUAGCACAGAUGUUUCCCGAUAUGCAGGACAGUUAGAACAUGUGUUCGAAACAACAACAGCCGGAGUUACAAUCCAAUCUCCGCAACUCGACAUAAACACUGUGGCUGCGGGAGGAGGUUCGAUUCUCUUUUGGAAAAAUGGACUUUUCAAAGUUGGUCCAGAAAGUGCAGGGGCUCAUCCAGGUCCAUCAUGCUAUCGCAAGGGCGGUCCACUAACUGUGACGGAUGCCAACCUCUUUCUGGGGAGACUGCUUCCAGAGUUCUUUCCUAAGAUAUUCGGCCCGAAUGAAGAUCAAGCUCUUGACUAUGGUAUCGUGGCAGAGCAAUUUCAGAAUCUCACGAAGGAAAUAAACGAAGAAACUGGGAAACACUUGACGCCGGAACAAGUGGCAGUAGGCUUCAUUGAGGUUGCAAACGAAGGGAUGUGUCGUCCCAUUCGCUCCCUGACAGAAGGCAGAGGCUAUGAUGCGCGCAAUCACCGCUUAGCGGUAUUCGGGGGUGCAGGAGGUCAACAUGCAUGUUCAAUAGCACGCAAUUUGAACAUCAAUAGUGUGGUUGUCCAUAAAUAUUCAUCCGUUCUGUCUGCCUACGGAAUGGCAUUGGCGGAGAUCGUGCAUGAGGGACUCGAACCGAUUUCCGAGGUCUACUGUGCAGAGGCCCUGUCAAAGAUUCGUAAACGUCUCGAUGCUUUGCAAGCAAAAGUAAAAAAAGAAUUGAAGGAAGAGGGGUUUGACGAAUCAUCUCUACGAUAUGAAAGAUAUCUCAAUAUGCGUUAUCAGGGUACUGAUACCUCAAUGAUGAUUAUGGAGCCAGAAAAUGGUGAUUUCGAACAAUCUUUCCUCGCAAAUCAUCUGAGAGAGUUCACUUUCACCGUACCUGGAAGACCGAUUCUUGUUGAUGAUCUUAGAGUCAGAGGGGUCGCGAAUGACGGCACAUCCAUUCAGAAUGUACACUUCGUCGGUCAACUGCGGGCAGCAAAGAAGCAUUCGAGGGAUGCAAACAUUACAGAUGCAGAAAAUACAGCAACUGUCUAUUUUGAAGAGACCGGGUGGGUUCAAAGCCCAGUGUAUAUGCUGGAUAAGCUCCCAAGUGGAGUGGCAGUUGCAGGGCCAGCAAUAAUACUUGACAAAACGCAGACAAUUAUCGUUGUGCCUGGUGCGACUUCUAUUAUCCUUGACAAACACGUAGUGAUCGAUGUCGGUGUACCUACUCCAAAAGAAGUCUCCGCCGAUGCUAUAGAUCCAGUGCAGCUUUCAGUCUUCGGUCAUCGUUUCAUGAGCAUUGCAGAACAGAUGGGCAGAACAUUACAGAAGACGAGUGUCAGUCUUAAUAUUAAGGAACGUUUAGACUUCAGUUGUGCUAUUUUUGGGCCUGACGGAGGCCUUGUAGCAAAUGCGCCUCAUGUUCCUGUGCAUCUGGGUAGCAUGCAGAAUGCAGUGAAAUAUCAACACGAGGUCAACCUAGGAAAACUGAAACCUGGAGAUGUCCUGGUGACCAAUCAUCCUGAAGCUGGUGGGACGCACCUUCCAGACAUAACCGUUGUCUCUCCCGUGUUCGAUGAGAAAGGGAAAGAUAUCAUUUUCUAUACUGCCUCUCGAGGACAUCACCGAGAUAUCGGUGGCUUAGGUGGCAUAUCCGGGAAUCCGAACUGCAUUUUUUUGGAACAAGAGGGGGCGCGAAUAAAGUCAUUUAAACUCGCCUCAGAGGGAAAGUUCGACGAAGAAGGAAUCACGAAAAUAUUGGUCCAUGAUCCAGCACAAUACGAAGGGUGCGUGGGAUCCAACAGCAUAAAUGACAACCUCUCAGACCUCAAGGCACAAAUCGCCGCAAACCAGCGCGGUUCGCUUCUCAUCCAGGAGCUUUUCGCAGCAUAUGGGACAAAAGUUGUACAGUCCUACAUGGCAGCUAUACAGGGUACUGCCGAGCUCGCUGUCCGACGUUAUUUGAAGAGGGUCGCAAUGACACAUCCGGAUUCUCUGAAAGCGGUUGAUUAUCUCGACGAUGGGACCGAAAUUCAUCUUGAAGUCCGCAUCGACGCCGCCAACGGAAGCGCAGAUUUUGAUUUCACAGGAACGGGGCCAGAGACGUACGGAAAUCGCAAUGCGCCUUCCAGUCUGGUCUACUCGGCGAUCAUCUACGCCCUGAGAGCAAUGAUAAAUGAAGAAAUCCCACUAAACCAGGGAUGCCUUCAGCCAGUAAAUAUUAUCAUACCGGAGAACACAGUCCUCUCUCCAUCUUCCGGUGCUGCAGUUUACACCGGUAACACUCUGACGAGCCAGAGGCUGACCGACGUUGUUUUCAAAGCUUUCGGGGCAUGUGCUGCCAGCCAAGGUUGCAUGAAUAGUGUACAGAUGUACGGAGGUGAGAAAGCCGAACCUGGCGAGCCUUUCGCAGGCUUCACGUUUAUGUAUGGAGAGACCCUUUGUGGGGGUAGUGGUGCGGGAGCGACCUGGCGUGGAGUUUCAGGAGUACACACGCAUAUGACCAAUACCCGUGUCAGUGACUGUGAGAUCUUGGAGAAGCGAUAUCCCAUCCUUGUGAAACAAUUUUCACUGAGACAUGGAUCUGGCGGAGAAGGUCUACACCCAGGCGGCGACGGGGCCAUUCGUGGAUUCGAGGCUCGGGCGCCGAUAACUUUCUCUCUGAGCACCGAAAGACGAGUUCAUCGACCAUACGGAAUGGCCGGUGGUGGCCCUGGGAAGAGCGGUAGGAAUCUGGCUCUACUGAAGCUACCUGAUGGGAGGGAUAGGUGGGUUAACGUUGGAGGGAAAGGUAUUAUCAAACUGCGACGCGGAGAGCAAUUGUUUAUCCACACUCCUGGUGGCGGAGCUUGGGGUGCUCUCCCAAAUUCUGGUAUAUCACCUGGAAAUAAUUACAUUGAUGGGAUAGCAAAGAAUGGAGAAGAGCAACAUUGGCGAGGAAUGGGUAGUCUUCAUAAUUUUUCAACCGCACAAAAUGAGGGUUGA